GAUUAUGCUUAUCUAGCUCUUGUCAGUUAAUUUGUGAAUUCUAGUAAUCUGUUUUUCGAUUAGUAUGUAUUUAGUUUUGCGAUAAAUAAGUCUACAACCGUGUAAAGAUUAAAACAUACAUAUAAAAAAUAUCCAAUAAAGAGCUUUUUAUAUGAUUGGAAUCGCUCAAUAUGAGACUCGUUAUUUUGGAUAGUGCUGAAUCGGUCGGAUUAUGGGCUGCUAAAUAUGUAACCAAACGUAUAAAUGAUUUCAAACCAGGUCCUAACAACUACUUUGUAUUGGGCCUCCCAACUGGUUCAACUCCUUUGGGUAUGUAUAGAAAUCUUAUUAAAUUUCAUAAAGACGGUAAACUUUCAUUCAAAUAUGUUAAAACUUUCAAUAUGGAUGAAUAUGUGGGACUGCCACGAGAACAUCCUGAAAGUUAUCAUUAUUUUAUGUGGCAAAAUUUUUUCAAGCACAUUGAUAUUGAUCCGCAGAAUGUUUAUAUACUUGAUGGUAAUGCCAACGAUCUGGUGGCUGAAUGCAAUGAAUACGAACAAAAAAUCAAAAAUGCCGGAGGUGUUGAACUUUUCAUUGGAGGUAUUGGUCCCGAUGGUCAUAUAGCUUUUAAUGAGCCUGGCUCUUCUCUGGUAUCACGUACACGGGUCAAAACGUUAGCUCAAGAUACUUUAGAAGCAAAUGCUCGUUUCUUCGAUAACGAUAUGACUAAAGUGCCCAAACAAGCUCUUACUGUGGGCGUAGGUACUGUAAUGGAUUCAAAAGAAGUGAUGAUCCUUAUAACGGGAGCACAUAAAGCAUUCGCAUUAUAUAAAGCAAUUGAGGAAGGAAUAAAUCAUAUGUGGACAGUAAGCGCUUUUCAGCAGCAUCAAAAUACUUUAAUGAUUUGUGAUGAGGAUGCCACAUUGGAAUUGCGUGUCAAGACUGUAAAAUAUUUUAAGGGCAUUCAAAGAGAUAUAAAAAUUGCUGGCGACGGCGAUGAUAAAGAGUAAAAAUUUGCCUUCAGCAAAAUGUUAAUAAGCAUU